GACACCAAUGCCGCUUUGAACGCAGGAGUCCACCACGCACGCUUGUAAUAUUGCCACGCGAAGAAAUAAACCUCAGCGCGUCAUUGCCGUCGGUCAAAAUGACGCAUGCACAUGUGUGUGUGUGUGACGGAGAGAGAGAGAGAGAGAGAGGGAGAGUCUGGAGCGACUCCGCAAAGUUAAGCAGACAACUUUAAAAGAUGUGGUCCACUCCAAAGAAAACCACUCAAGUUCCAUUAGGCCAGAGGACUUUAUUUUUUAAUGGAAGUCAAUUUGCUGCAGUGACAGCUAAUUGUUGAGAAGCAUGUUUUUGAGAGUCGCCGUAUGCGUGUUGCUGUCGGCGCUGGUCGUGCACGGCGACGUGCAGCCUCACACCAUCAGCAGAGCGCUCCUGCCCAGGGUGUACGGAGUCAAGCUAUGCGGGAGGGAGUUCAUACGAGCCGUUAUUUUCACCUGCGGAGGCUCCCGCUGGAAGCGAUUCAUCGACGCAGACUAUGAAUCCUUCCAUCGGAGUCCCCACGGUGACGUCACAAAAAAGAUAGAGCAGCUCACGUCCCACACCCGUAACCUUCUUCCCCGGCGCACCUCCUCCUCCAUCUUUUCUCCAACUUCCCUGGCGGACAGCUUGACCCUUCGCGCUGUUUCUAGCAAGAGUGACCAGCACGAUUCGUCCAACGUUUUUGAUGCGCUGGCUCAAGAACGGUGGCGGAGGCGGAGGCGCUUUUCUCAGGGUGUAGCGGGCGUUUGCUGCAAUGAAGGCUGUACGAAGAAUGAUAUUGGAGGCUUAUGUUGAAAGGGCCCCGCGACGUCGUGUUGCCAUGUAAAUAUCUCAUCACAAAUUAUCCAGGUUUUGUUUGGGGUGGGGAGGGAAAUGUCAGUUUUCCCCCAAAAAAUAAACGAAAUGUAUUAAGUAAAACAAGA